AUGAAACAACCCUCCGAAUCACACAGCCCCGUGAGCAGUUUCAGCGCCUCGCACAUUCCGGAUGCAUCUCGCACUGCUGCUCCCUCCAUGAAAUCCAGCAUAGCGACCCUAUCCCUAGGCCGUGCUUGGGUGCACAACCUCGACAAUAAAAUUGAACGAGCCGCAGCCCACAACUUCGAUGGUAUCGAACUUUUUUAUGAAGACCUCGAAUACCUCGCCAAGUCCCUCCCAGGUGGUGCAACGCCCGCCAAUCGCCUUCAAGCCGCACAACAGAUCCGCUCCAUAUGUGAUGAUAAUUACCUCUCUAUUAUUUGCAUGCAACCGUUCAUGCACUACGAGGGUCUACUCGACCGUGUUCGACACGCAGAGCGUAUCGAAGAAUUUAAGUUCUGGCUCCAGCUGUGCAAAAUCCUCGGCACAGAUCUUAUUGGGAUGCCGUCGAACUUCUUAACUGAAGGUGUGACGGGCGAUUGGGAUUUGUUGAUCGCUGAUAUGAGGGAAGUGGCAGAUCUAGCGGCGCAGGAAGGCGUGCGUAUCGCGUAUGAGGCGCUCUGCUGGGGCGUGUUUGUGGAUACAUGGGAGCGCAGUUAUGAACUCAUCAUUGCCGUUGACAGAGCAAAUUUUGGGAUUUGCUUGGAUACAUUCCAGAUCUGUGGACGUGAGUUUGCGGACCCCGCGGCAGAUGAUGGCUGCAUGCCGGGUGCAGAGGAGGCGCUGAGGAAUAGCUUGAAAAGGUUGAAGGAGACGGUGGAUGUGAAUAAAGUAUUUUUUGUCCAGGUAGCGGAUGCGGAGAAAAUGAGAGAGCCUUUGCGGGAGGAGCAUGUAUUUCAUGUCAAGGGGCAGCCGUCAAGGAUGAGUUGGAGUCGGAAUGCGAGGUUAUUUCCUGGAGAGAUGUCAAAGGGCGCAUAUUUGCCAGUAUUGGACGUGUUAAGAACACUCAUAGGGGAGAAUGGGUUAGGAUAUAGUGGCUGGGUUAGCUUCGAAAUUUUCUCGAGAUCUCUGGCAGAUCCGGCUUCAAGGGUUGUGGAGGACCAUGCGAAGAGAGGGAUGCAAAGCUGGAACUGGAUGGAGAAAGAAUUGGGUUGGAGGCGAGAUACUGAAACUAGGCGAUGA